AUGGACCUAGAAGCUAGUCUGUCGCCAAUUUUGGAGGUAUUGGUUCCACCAACUUUAUCUGAUCUCGCACUUCGAUCUCUAAUUAAAGAACUAUCAUUUUUCUUAAAAUCAUCAUCACGUUCAAAUGCACAUUUACAAUCAAUUUUACAAGUAUACAGUAGCCAGACACCGGGGAACGAGGAAAAUAUAGCAUGCUGGGAAAGACUAGAAAACUUAUUGAAACCUUUAUGUACAAUAAGGAAUAUUGACGAAAUCAUUAAAUAUCUUUCAGUUUUCCAAUCGUUAGUGUUUCAAAACUUAAACUCAUCUCCGACCUCAAGACAUCAACGUGGUAAUUCAUUCCAAAUACCGACUAUGGGACAUAACAAUUACAACAAUAAUAUUUCAAUGACAAGUCCACAACAGUAUGAUCCAAACGUUUCAAUGAAUAGUCCCACUAGGCCUCAGAGUUUAUAUGCAGAAUCGUUUGAGAAUUUGGAUCGUUUCUCAGACAGAAGAUCUUUACCUUCAAUAUAUAGAGGAUAUCAACAACAACAAAAUAGACACAUCAAUCAAUCUAAUAACCUUAAUAAUGGACCUUUAGUUAGUCUUAAAACUUUAUCUGAUCAAUAUUACAGGAGUAUGCUCCCUGAAGAAGAUAUCUUAAGGUAUGCAUCAUAUACUUUAUUAGCAACUACAUCGCAUAUGUUCCCCAUGGAUUACAAUUCCAUUCAAAUCCCUUCAAAUAUCCCGAACUCAAUAAGUGCUCUGUUACAUUUAAUAUUUGAAGCUGGUUUACUUUAUCAAAAUUUGAAUGCAAUGGUAAAUAAUUAUAACAUGAAGGAUGUUUCUCCUAUAAAGAAAUCAUUGUUACUACAAUUGAAUAAAGAAUUGCAAAUAUAUACAGGGUUUAUUAAUAAUUUAAUUACCUCGAAUGCUUGUAAUUCAUUAAAAUCGUUAUAUAUGGAAUUAUUCGAUUCCAUAUCCACACUAAGAAUAUAUUUUAAAUUCAUGAACCAAUUCGAUAUAACACUAGGUGAUGCAUUCUUAUCCACAUUCCAUUCAUGGAGAUCGCAUGGGGAUUUGUUAGUAAGGAAAAUUGCCACUCAACUAUUUGAUUGCACAUUAUCUAUAUAUAUUGAUUAUCUAGGGAAUUGGUUGGUAUUUGAAAGAUUAGAAAACAAUUAUAAUGAAUUCUUUAUUAUUAAAAAUACUGAUACACAGAAGACACCAUUAGACUCAUAUAAACUAAUUCAUGAAAAGAUCCCAUAUUUUAUACCGAAAGAUGUAGCAAAGAAAAUAUUUAUCAUUGGCAAAACAUAUUCAUUUCUGAUAGAUUUUUGUAAAGAUUUACAAUUCUCAAAUAAUCUUUCCAAAAAAUAUACAAUAAUUUACAAAAAUAUAUUCGAACACUAUAAUUCUGAGAGCUAUAAUACCGUCCUUAAUAAACUUUUCGAAUCAAUUGAAAAUCAAUACAACGAAAUUGUCAAAUAUACAAACCUUUUACUUUGCCAUAAAUUCCAUUAUCAUAAGAUGAUAUUAACAUUAAAGAAUUUACUUUUGAUGGGAAGAUCGGAUUUCUUAGAUUUAUUAGCUAACAAAGCAGUAGACAUUUUGAAUCCACCCUCUGUUUCCAUCCAGGAAUAUAAACUAACUAAUUGCCUACAAGAAGCUGUUCAAUAUUCAUCCAUUGCAUCAUUAUAUUUAAAUAAAGAAGAUAAUAAUUUCAUAAUAAAUGGAUUAGAUGCAAGAGUAUUAGAUAUGGGACAUGGAUCCAUUGGUUGGGAUAUAUUUACAUUAGAUUAUAACAUAUCACCACCUCUAUCCCUGAUUAUAAAUGUUAACCGUGAAAAUGGUAAGAAAGAAUAUUUAAGAAUUUUCAACUUCUUAUGGAGAUCUAAAAAGAAUUCAUUCUUUUAUAAUAAUGAAAUGUUAAGAACUACCCACAUCUUGAAAAUGUUUAAAAGAUUAAAGCUAACGAAUCCACUAAUCAAAGAUGUUACUAAAAAAAUUGCCAAAUUAGGUAUAUUGAGGUCGCGAUUGCAAAAUUUUAAUUUAUGCUUAGAGUCGUUUUGCCAAUAUUAUAUCGUCGAGAAGGAAUUCCAAAUUUUACUUCAGAAAUUGAAUAUAUCAGACGAAGGUUCAAACCCAAUUCAAAUUAACAAGAAAUUAAAGACAAAGAAUACAAGACUGAUAGAGACAUCAUCAAUACCUAUUCUAAAACCUAAAAAGAGUAUAUUUGCUGAUGAUCACACAUCUACUAGCACAUAUGGACAUGAUGCGGGAUUUGAUGGUGACCAUUUGAAUAUUGAACAAUUGGAAGAAAUUCAUAAUAAUUUCUUAAGCAAUAUUCGAUCUCAUAAACUUUUAAUUGCAAACUCUACAACAAAUAUUGGAACAUAUUCGAAAAAGGCAUACCCAAUCACAUUGAUUAUAAUCUUAGAGACACUUUUCCAAUUUAUUAAUUCAUAUUCUCAAUUAAACGAUAUUUCUGAAAAAUUAUUAAUCCAAUUCAAUUUACUGGAUCCUGUUGAUUUGAAUAAUUUAUUGACAGAAUUUAGUAAAUCAUCUAUCGAAGUGACCAGAUAUUAUAAAGUUUUCCUGAAUCAAUCACAUGUGUUCGAAAGAGAUUUGAAAGCUGACAAUGAUGAAGAAUUAAUAAAAUUAGGUAGACAGAUCCGUUAA